CUUUCUCUCUCUCUCUCUCUCUCUCUCUCUCUCUCUCUGCCAAACAUACAGACAAUUAUCAAUUAUGCACGUAUCUUUGCACAGGAACUUAAGUUGAAGCUGCACUUAGACUUGCAGAAAGAUCAAACAUUCAAAAUGGAUUGUGGUGAUGGUGGUAGAUCAUGUAACUUAAUGAGGUUUGGAGAUAAUCACAACAACAAUGGAUCAGGGUCACUGUGUGUUCCUCAAUCUUCUGUUGUGUACAAUAAUACAACCCUAAUUUUCUCUCCUCAAGAUCACCAUCAUCGUCACCAUAGCAACUGUGGGACUUCAGCAUCUGCUAUGAUGGUUGAAGAUCAUAACACCAAUAGCAACAGUAAUGUUAAAGCCAAGAUCAUGUCUCAUCCUCAUUACCCUCGUCUUUUAUCCGCUUAUCUUAAUUGUCAAAAGAUAGGAGCACCACCAGAAGUAGUUGAACGACUAGAAGAAGCCUGCCGUUCGUCAUUGAUGGCUGCGAUGUCCAGCCGAUCUGGCUCCGAUGGUGCGGGCACCAGCGGCGGUGGUGCAGGCAUGAGUUCCACCAUUGUUGGACAAGAUCCAGCCCUUGAUCAGUUCAUGGAAGCUUACUGUGAGAUGCUGAUUAAAUAUGAACAAGAACUCUCAAAACCCUUUAAGGAAGCUAUGCUUUUUCUCUCAAGGAUGGAGUCUCAGUUCAAGGCAAUCACUUUCUCAAACUCAGAUUCUGGUUGUGGUGAGGGAGGCAUGGAUAGGAAUGGAUCAUCUGAAGAAGAACUUGAUGUUGACAUGAACAACGGUAUGGUUGAUCCUCAAGCUGAAGAUCGGGAGCUGAAAGGUCAGUUGCUACGCAAGUACAGUGGGUAUUUAGGAAGUCUGAAGCAGGAAUUUAUGAAGAAAAGAAAGAAAGGGAAACUGCCCAAAGAAGCUCGUCAACAGUUGCUUGACUGGUGGACUAGACAUUACAAAUGGCCAUAUCCUUCGGAGGCUCAGAAGUUGGCACUAGCUGAAUCAACAGGGCUAGAUCAGAAGCAGAUAAACAAUUGGUUCAUAAACCAAAGGAAGCGACACUGGAAGCCAUCCGAGGAUAUGCAGUUUGUGGUAAUGGAUGCUGCUCAUCCUCACUAUUUCAUCGAUAAUAUCUUUGGGAACCCUUACCCGAUGGACGUAUCGCUUCUCUAAUAAUUAUAUAUUAUGAUAAAAAGUAAGCUACUGGAGUUAUGAUAUAAUCAUCAUCUAAAACUGAUGUAAGGAUGCAAUGCCUUGCAAGCUAGUGUGUGCCUUUUGCUGUUACCUAUAUUUUGCUUGUUUUAAUUGUUCUCUGUUGAAGUGAUGCAACCGAAAAUCAGACAAUCAGUAGUAGUAAUGUUAAUGAAAAUGUAUUUAAUUA